AGCUGCGGCAAGUCACCGGCCGAGCGCGCACCUGGGGACAGAGUGGGGCUGAGAGCAGCCGGCGGACCUGGCUGUGCCCUGCGGCUGCCGCUGCUGCUCUUGCGGGACAGAGCCGUCCGCUUCCCUGCAUCCCUCCCUGCGCCCAGGGGUUCGAAACUUCGGCACUGUUGUUUCUGCAAGACUGUCAACUGGAUCCCUGGAGUCCUUGAUAUUUUGCUGUGUACAGUGCCUGUUGGUGGACUGUGCUGAUACUUAAAUAGUCCAAAGGGGACUGGAUUCCUGCUUGUGAUUCACUAUGCAAACUGUAGUGCCCCUGAACAAGAUGACAGCCAUCUCCCCAGACCCUGUGACUCUGGCCUCAAGUGAACACGACAAAGUCCCAGGAGCAGAAACUCCUGAGGACCAAGAAGCUAUCUCAAAAGGAGACAGGGCUGACCUAGAGUCUUUCAGACAGAAGUUCAGGUGGUUUUGUUACUCAGAAGAGGCUGGACCAAGGAAAACCCUGAAUCAGCUCUGGGAGCUCUGCCUUCAGUGGCUAAGACCUGACAUUCACACAAAGGAACAGAUUUUAGAGCUAUUAGUAUUUGAGCAGUUCUUUGCCAUUUUGCCUGGGGAGAUCAGGAUUUGGGUAAAGUCACAACGUCCUGGGAGUAGUGAGGAGAUGGUGACCCUGAUAGAAGAUUUGGCCCAAGUACUUGGAGAAAAGGAAGAUGAGAUUCUUGAAGAAAAGGAAGAUCCAGUUACUCAAGAUUCGGCUCUUUGCCAAGAGGAAAACUCAGGAGAAGAUAAAAUGGUUGCAGUUCUUUCAAAUACUGAGUCAUGUGAAACCAUAACAUUCAAGGAUGUGACUGUGAACUUUUCCAGAGGAGAAUGGAAGAAGCUGGAGCCCUUUCAGAAGGAGCUAUAUAAGGAUGUGCUACUGGAAAACUUACAUAACCUAGAGUUUCUGGGCUAUUCAGUUUCCCAGUUAGAUUUGAUUUCCCAGCUAAAGUGGAUUGAAUUGCCAAGGCUGCUGGAAAAAGAAAUCUCAAAAGACUCCAGACCUGGUGAGUUGGUGAAAGAGAGUGAGCCUAGGGAUGAAUCGGAGUCAUCUGUUCGAAAGCACGAUGUUCUUAUGGAAGGAUCAACUUUAGAAGAAGUAAUAGAAAAAUGCUUCAAGGAUGAUGGUUAUGAUUUAACAGUAGAAUUAAGGAAACGUUAUGGCAGACCUGAUGAGGGUCACGGCAAACGACAUUCAAAAGGAACACACAAGAAAGGUCAUCGGCGAGGCAGUAAGGGUGAAGAAUUUGACUCAGAAAGGGGCUCUGGUGCAAAGCACUUCAAACGAACUUCUGACUUAAUGAAACAUCUGAGAGCAUACUUAAGGAAGAAGUCUCGGCGGUAUAAUGAAUCCAAGAAACCCUUCAGUUUUCACUCAGAUCUUGUUCUGAACCGUAAAGAACAUUCUUCAGAGAAGUCACGGAAAUGCGGAGAAGGUGGGAAGGGCCUGAGUCAUUCUUCAUCUCUUAGUGAACAUCACAAACAUCAGAAAAUGCAUUUGGGAGGUAAGUCCCAGAAGUGCAGUAAAUGUGGGGUGGCCUUUACCCAAAGCUCAUCCCAUUCUGAGAGAGAAAACUCAACGUGUGAAAAAUGUCGGAAGGAUUCACGUCAAGAUACAACCGUAAAUAAAAACGAGGGAACUGAGACUGGAGGAAAAACUCAUAAAUGUAGUAAAUGUGGAAAAACCUUUAGCUAUAAUGCCUCACUCACCAAACCUCAUAGAGUUCACACUGGAGAGAAACCCCACAUGUGUAAUGAAUGUGAAAAAGCUUUCGGUGAUAGUUCAUCGGUCAAACCACGUCACAGAACUCACAAUAGAGAAAAGCCCUACAAAUGUGAUGAUUGUGGAAAAGGUUUCACCCUGAGCGCUCACCUCAUCAAACAUCAGCGAAUUCAUACUGGAGAAAAACCCUAUAUAUGUAAAGACUGUGGGAGACCCUUCAGUGACAGUUCUUCUCUUGUUCAACAUCAGCGAAUUCAUACUGGAGAAAAACCCUAUAAAUGUAAUGAUUGUGGGAAGUCCUUUAGUCAUAGCUCUUCCCUUUCCAAACAUCAGAGGAUUCACACUGGAGAGAAACCCUACAAAUGUGACGAAUGUGGAAAAGCCUUUAGACAGAAUUCUUGCCUUACUCGACAUCAGAGAAUUCACACUGGAGAAAAACCAUAUUUGUGUAAUGAUUGUGGAAUGACUUUUAGCCAUUUUACAUCUGUCAUUUAUCAUCAAAGACUUCAUUCAGGAGAGAAACCCUACAAAUGUAACCAGUGUGAGAAAGCCUUUCCUACCCAUUCCCUCCUCAGUCGUCAUCAGAGAAUUCAUACUGGUGUGAAACCUUACAAAUGUAAAGACUGUGGGAAAUCCUUCAGUCAGAGUUCAUCUCUUAAUGAACAUCACCGAAUUCACACUGGAGAGAAACCUUAUGAAUGUGACUUUUGUGGCGCAACCUUUAGUCGGAGCUCAAUCCUCGUAGAGCACGUAAAAAUUCAUACUGGCAGUAGAGAAUAUGAAUGCAACAAAUGUGAUAAGAUAUUUAAAAGUAAUUCUGGCCUUAUCAGACAUCGGUUGUUUCACUCUGCAGAGUAAUUCUGGGAAUAUAGUAAGGCAGGGGAAAUUCAUUCCAAAAUGUCCCCUUAUAAUAUCCCCUUAUCUACACCUGGAUUUCAACUACCAUAACAUUUAUGAGUAGCUGCAACGUGAAUGGGUUUGCAGCUAUAAAGAAUGUGCACCUUCAUUCAUCCCUCUUUUCAGUUGCUGGUUGGUAAAGUUAUGUGGAAAGAGAAGAAGACAUGUGAUGUGAAAUGCUUCUAAAAAGCCAAACUUAAGUUUGAAAAGUUCUUUUCUUUAGUGUAUUUCUCUUUCUUUUGCUCUUCUUCCACUGCCAUGUAGCAUCAUGGAAAGAGAACUUGACUGGACUCAGAUAACUUGGGUUCUGUCCCCAUUUGCCAACAGCUCACCAUAUAACUUUGCACUAAUCAUUUGACCCUUCUGAUGCUUCUUUGUUUCUUUGCCCGUGAAAUGAAGAGAUGGGACUAUUGAUUUCUAAGUUUCACUUUGUAUCUAUGAUAUUCUCUGAUGCUAUGGGAAUAAUUUAAACAUUUUUUUCAUCCACUAUAAUUUUCUCAUUUGUCUAGUAGAAAACUACUCAGUUGCAGGAUACUGGACGUACGAUAAUGUGAUAUACUUUUUGAAUACUUGAUGCAGGAAUCCCUAGAAUGUGAUAAAUAGGAACAGAUCAGGGAAGCUCAAAUAAGUUUGCCUUCAGGGAAUGUUCUAAUCACACAAUGCACCCCAACCUUUUUUCUUUUGGGUAUUGGCUAAAGGAGUUGAGAAUGUAAGAACUUGCACCUGAGCCAAUUUAGCCACAAAUCCUAGGAAAAUAGAUUGAGGGUGAUGGAAAAGAAACACAUGCUUAAAACAGCUAUUCUGGAUGGAUUUUCUUUUGCAAAAUAGAAUUAUAUUUUUAAAAAACUUUGUAGCAAGCACAGCCUACUGCAAUUACAGUGUAAGCAUUCUGUGUAGCAAAGGUUACAAGCAGUUAGAUUGGGUCAGAUUGGGCCCUUGGACAUGUUUUUGGUGUACAUGAUGGUAGUCUGUGUGUGUGUGUGUGUGUGUGUGUGUGUGUGUGUGUGUGUGUGACUAUUUUAAAAUUAGGGAAUUCCACGUUGAAUAAGGAAAACCAAUAGUCUGUCUUAAAAAAUUAUAAGGGUGGAUCACACUGGGCCCUGCCCUUAUUUCUGGGGAGCACUCAGCUGGUUCUGAGUAACAGCUGCCACCUUUAGAUAGGAAACCUACUGUUAUUUGCCAUGUUCUCUCAUGUAUAUAACCUGACUUUCCCUCUGAAGGAAUUUGAUAUUUUGAUCCCGUUUCCCUCUGGAAAAUACAUAUCCUAAAAUCUAAAGCUAGUAAAAUUUAGGAAAAGAAUGUAGAGUUGAUAAGAAUUAUUAUUAUAUUUUCUGUUGUGAGAUUAGACCUUAAAGGAAGGGACUAUACGGGUAUUGGUGGAUAUUCUUUAAAAAUUUCAUUAAGGAGUCUGAAUAAUAAUUUCUAACUGAAAAAGGAACUAAAGAUCCUGAGUGAGUUAGAUUUGGGUGUCAGGUCACUAGGUUGCGGAGGAGCCCCACUAACUCAACAGUGGUACACAAUUGAGUUCCUAACGUUGGAAUUUGAAGCGGUUCCAGUAAAAAGAGAACUGAACGAGAAAACUCCACAUUUACGGAAAUAAAGAGAUCUUAAUGCUGAUCAGAGACUCAGGAACGUUUGCUGUAAUGUAAUGCAUUUAGGUUUGAAAUGCUACCUCUGGAUAUAGGGUUCGCGUUUUCUUCUGGUGCCUCCUUCAUCCCGCACCCUCACAGCCUGCAGUAUAGGUUCUGCCGUGUGACAGCUGGAUCUGCAUAGUUACUGCUUAUUGGACUGGCCAGAUGUGUUCCAGCCAUGAACGGAAUGUGACCUAAGAAUCAUCCACAUUGAUGUAAGGUUUUUUUUUGUUCUCAUAAGAUAUAAUUUAUGGAAAGAAUUAAACAUGUAACUCUUAAAGAAAGUUGUUAUAGGAUGUUUACUGCUUAGACUCCCUAACUUGCAUUAGAGGAUGUUUUAUCUUGGUGUCAGUUGGGAAUCUAGAGCACAAACUUUGUUUUUCAACUUUUUGAGGUAUAAAUUACAUGUGGUUUAAAACACAGAAGAAAACAAAAUAAAACACUUUACACAUACAGUUUUAGUAAAUUUACUGAGUGUGCAGUCAUUACCACAAUCUGUUUUUUAGAAAUAUCACCUUAAUCAGAUCCCUUACACCCUGUUACAGUUCCUCUCCCUUUCUUGCCCCUUCUCCCAGGCAGUACUAGUUGAUCUGCCUUCUGUCUGUGGAGUUGCCUGUUCUGGACAUUUUAUAUGAAUGGAGUCAUACGUGGUCUUUUGUGUCUGACUUUUUUCAUUAUCAUGUAUUUAAGUUUGUCUGUGUCAGCAUGUCUGUACUUUCAUUCUUAUGUUAAACAUAUUCCAUCUUAUGGAUACUUUGUCCAUUAACCACUUGAAUUUUUUUCCAGUUUUGUACUCUUAUAAAUAACGUUGCUUUGAACAUUAGUCUGCAAGUCCGUGUAAAUAUUUACUUUCAUUUUUCUUAAGUAGAUGUCUAUGAGUGGAGUUGCUAGGUCAUACAGUAAAUGUUUGCUUAAUUUUUAAGGAAACUGCUAAAUUGUUUUUCAAAGUGACUAUAUUGUUUUACAUUUUGACUAGCAGUGUAUAGAGGUUCCUUUUUCUUUAUAUUCUUACCUGAAUUGUUACUGUCUGGUUUUUGUUUGUUUGUUUUGCUUCUUUUUUAUAGUAGCCACUAUAAAAGUGGCUCAAGUGGUAUUUCUUUGUGGUUUUAAUUUGAAUUUGCCUGAUGACUGACAAUGUUGAUUCAUCUUUCAUGUACUCUUUAGCCAUUCAUAUAAAUCUUCUUUGGUAAAAUGCCUACUCAAAUCCAUUCUAUUUAAAAUUGAAUUGCUGUUAAUUGAGUUACAACAGAUCCUUUACCUGGAUACAAGUUCUUUGUCCAAUACAACUUUCUAAAUACUGGGCCGCUGCUGAGGGAAACCACAGACCCUACUGCACAAUAUUUAUCAGUAACUAAGUACAUAUAAUUGCCUGAAUGACUUUCAGUCUGAGCCAUCACCAUGUACUUAAUUUUCAUUAUUGGAAUAAGUCAGAUCAAGAGCAGUUUUUAAACUACUCACUCCUUAUAGAAUUGAUUUUAUUAAGCUUUAUUUAGAAUUGUUAUUCUUACUUACAUUGAUGAGUAUUAAAGUUAGCCCUGUGACAAAUUUUAUUUUAUAAUGAAGCUUUUGCUUUUAAAAAUAUUUCCUUGUAAUGAGUUUCUUUUGAAGAAAUUUCUUUUAGGUCACAGGACAAGACAAGAUUUCUGUAUAUGAAUUCACUUUUUUUUUUUUUUUGCGGUGCUGGGGAUUGAACCCAAGGCCUCAUACGUGCUGGACACUCUACCACUGAGCCACAUCCCCAGCCCUUGAAUUCACUCUUAUUUUAUGUAUUUUAAAAUUCUUCUUUAAUGUAAUAAAAUAUACAUAAUGUAAAAUUAGCUGUUUGGGUCCUUUUGGGGUUGUAUAAUUCAGUAGCUUUAAUUACAUUCACAUGUUUAUAUAAUCAUCACCAUUUAUCUCCAGAACUUUUCCAUCAUCCUGAACUGAAAUUCUGUACUCAUUAAAGAAUAACUCACCAUUUCCCCUCCAUGCUUAUUGUGACCACUAUUCUAAUUUCUCUACAUAUCUGAAUUUUAGACAUUUCACAAAAAUGAGCACAUGCAACAUCUAUUCUUUUGUAUCUACCUUAUUUCACUUUGUGCAAUGUUUGGCAAACAUUCUUUUUGUUUUAAGGAAAUGUUGAAUUGGAUUUUCUAGUACAGGUAAUCUUUAUAAAAUUCUUUUGUAAGUCAUCCAGACAACAUUGGUAAAGAACACAAGAUCAUUAUGUGUAUUGUCUGUCUUGUGUUUCACUGAUUCCAUAACUAGCAGUGAGUACUCUAUAGCAUUUGCACAUGUCUUGAAGAAUUUUAGUGUCUGUAUCCAUGCCUCUUAUCUUAGAAUCUACUUCAGAAAAAUGAACAAGAAUAUCUUCAAUAUGAAUUGUACACUGGAACAAAACAACGAGAGGUUAUUUUGCUUUUGAAUUCUGAUAUAUCUGGUCUUUGACUUAGCAUAGCUAGAAUUUCAUCUUCACAAUACAAAUUAAUCUCUCGUUGAAAUUCCUUGACAGAUGGAAAUUUGUCAAAGAUAUCUGUCAUGAAUUUGAAAUUUUAGGAAAUUUCUUUGUAAAUUGGAUGUUCUUUGAAAACAGAAUAUACCCAAAGUUUUCCUAGAGCGGUGGUGUCUUAACAUCAUACAAUUCCUCUAAAACUAAAUACUUGAAAAAUUUUCAAAUUUUGAAUCAAUUGAUCUUUGAUAUUAUUAGAAACAUAUGCCUAUAUCUUCUAUGAGCAAAAUAUAAUUCUCUCAUGUAUAUAUAUUCUAUGAGCAAAAUUGUUUAAUGGUACAAUUGAAAAUUUCAGGUUUUUUGUGUUUUUAAGAGAUCUUAAAAUUUUCUAAGUGAUUGGCAUACAUAAAAUAAUUUCUUCUUUUUUGUGGCAGUGCUGGGGAUUAAAUGUAGGGCCUUGCGCAUGCUAGACAAGCGCUCUACCACUGAGCUACACCUCCAGCCUGAUUCUUUGUAUCUCACCAUGUAAAGUUCUUUUUUGUGUGUGGUCAUGCAAGAAUUAAACUUCUUUAAUAGCUGGCCGUGUUUACAGUCUGUUAAAAUUUCUUAAAAUUGUUUUUGUUUUUUAGAAAUUUAAUUUCCACUUCAUAUGACUAAUUUUGUGAAUUCUUUUUUGACUAAUUUGUAAAAAAUUAGCAAAUCUUAAAUAUCGUCUUAAGUGUUGCCUACUAUAUUAUUUUCAACACUUGAAGUCAACAACCUUUUCAUUUUGUUCUGCUGUAAAUUGCAAUCAGCAUUUAUCUUUGAAUGUGCACUAUAUUCUCCUAGUCUCUUUUUUACUGGUUAUAGUACUAGCUUCUGUAUCUGCACUGAAUUUUGCCUCAGUAAUAUACCUUUGUUUAAAAUUCAAAUAUUUUCCAUAUUUUUUGCCUAGAAAAUAAUUGAAAUAGCAAAUGUCUCAACUUAAUGAUUAUGAUUUACAUGCAAAACACUGUAACUUGUGCUGUCCGCAUAGGUAUAUUCUAACUUGUGCUACUUGCAUACAAUAUCCAAGUAAACCCAUCAUAAUAUUCCAUCUGUGCAUAGAAAAAAGUCAUCUGAACUGAAUCAAUCUGUUGAUACUGACUAGAUUGGUGAUAUGUUUGUAUGUAACACUAAAAACAAUGCACGUUCUAUACCAGUGUUAGAAGACCAGUUAGAAAACCAGUAUCCUAUGCGAUGCAAUGGUUAAAGUGAAUUGUAGUUUUGUCAAGACAAUAAAGUUGUGUUUAAUGAU